ACGUUUUCGAUUUAUUUAUGUCGUUACAACAUUAUGCCUCAAAUAGCGAAUUCCUGACAACUAAGGACUUGCAGUACGAUCGGGAGAGACUGCUGAAACACAUGCAAGUCUCUUUAUUUCCAUUGGAGUAUGCCGCUGCCAACAACGAACGCCGCCUGCCAAAAAAAAUCCAAACUGCUGAAGCUAACACCGUUUCUAGAUGAUUCUGGAUUGUUGCGCAUCGGUGGACAUAUCGACCGACCGCAAAGCACCCGAUCAUCGUCUCAAGGAAACUCCUCUGGCUCUACUUCUAUUUGCAUCCUUUCACCACGCUCGUCAGCACUACUGGAUUUUGGGAGUCAGAAAUUUUAUUCGCAUGGAAGAUUUUCGCUACUAUGCUGGACCCAUCGCAAUCACGGAAUCGAAAGGUCGCACUCCUCACAUCGGCAAAGUUUGGUUCGUCAUAUUUGUAUGCCUGGCCACCAAGGCGAUGCACCUAAGAGUUGUCAGCGAUUUCAAAAAGAAAGCGUUCAUUGCUGCGUUCAAAAGCUUUUGUGCACGUCGAAACAACCCAGUACCCCUGCAGAUGAAUCGAUUGGAGCCAUGGAAUCAGCUUCAAGCUAUGGUACAUGGAUUUUGGUAACGAUGGCACAACGGAAACUUGACUUCUCUACAAUAUGGAAGUCGGAUCCAAAAAAAUACAAGUCAACGCAAAACUAAAAACAAUUCAAACGCUAGCAAGUGGAAUGUUUUCAACGGAAAGUUAUUUUUUCAUUGCUAUUAGCAAACUGGUCAAGAAUUAGAUUUCUAUUCGGGCAAGCGUAUUCAAAAUUGAAUAGGGACUAUUGGCCGUUUGGACCCUUUAAAGUAUUUAUAACACCUUUCUCGCAUACUGUUCUUUGACUAUAUCCAUUUAAAAGCAAAAGUUUUGGAAGGUUUCCUUAAAAAAGGACUUAGCAAAAUUUAUUUUCAAGAUGAGAUCAAUUCUUGGAUGCUUGGGCCUGCACCAACAACAAUUUCCUUGGCGCCAUUUCAGUUCAAAUGCAUUUACUUCUCAACAAAAGCCAAAAUCCCCAUGUACAACAAGAGAAAUCGCUACAGUCGACGGCCUCUACUAUUGGAUACGCGUUACUCAGCUAACAAAAAAGCGCCAUUCCUAUCGACUGUUUACGAGAUUUCUCAAACACGUGACAUAAGGUGACACCCAGGUGGCGCUAGUGAAAUUUCGCACUCUAUUGAGAUUGCCAAUUAUUUAUUAUUGUUUGGCUAUAACUAAAUGAAUGGUCUGAUUUGAAUAAUUUUUUGAAUGACGAUGAUAACAAGAACAAAAUCUCAUUUGAAUUUUUAAAACAUUUGAAAAUGUGGGCGAUAGGCGAGCUUUAGCGUUAUGGACGAUUGUGUGAGUUAGAAUGGGCGUGGCAUCCUGCUGAAACGAAUUUACGUUGCGCAGUAAGCCGAAGAAUCUAAAUGCCAAAUCGAACAUAUUAGAUUUUUUAGUUUCCGAGAUCUCAGCGUUCAUACGGACAGACGGACAUGGAUAGGUCUACUCGGCUAGUGAUGCUGAUCAAGAAUAUAUAGGCUUUAUGGGGUCUGAUAAUCUUCCUUCUUCCGGUUACGUACCUUUUGACGAAUGUAGUAUACCCUUAUACUCUACGUCUAACGGGUAUAAAAAUAACCUAAGCUCGUAAAAAUACUAAAUAUAACAUACUGAAUUCAUUUGCGUGUGCGGUCCCAUUUUCCGCUGCAGCGACUUGACAUUUUCCCGUCUCGUUCCUAUACGUGUAUUUCUUAUGAAGGAAAAAGUCGCUAAAGCCGAAUUCGGCAUUUUUGCAUAUUGCAUUUUUUUUUUAGUUAUAGAAAUUUAGUCCAUUUAUAUUUAUUUAAAUCUUUAAUAUAAUUUAAUAUUAAGAUCUUUAAUAAUUUCGUAUUGUGCUUUUACUCAAGGACUAUAAAUUAUAUAGUUGGAUAUGUUGUUACGAGCGCUUGUCAUAGCGGACGAGGGGAAGAUAAAGAAGACGACAAAAGCCGCGGUCUGUUAAGUGGCGAGAACACCAAACAUUUCCAUCUAAGAUAAGGAAUUGGGAUUUCAGAUUUAGAUUCCGUAGCCUUGUACGCAGCGCAAGUUUGUUGCGCGAAUAUGCCACGCCCACUCCAACGCCC